AUGUCUUUGUCUCAUUGCUUCUUGCUUGUCACAGCGGUAUCUCGCCUUUUGGCAGGUGCCGCUGCGACGCCUAUCCUGACUGUGUCGAAUGCGGCGCCAGUCGUUGAUCUAGGCUAUUCCCAAUACGAAGGAACAACUUUGAGCUCAGAGGUUGACCAGUACCUGGGGAUGCGAUUUGCAGCACCUCCGCUGGGCAACUUGAGAUUCCGAGCCCCACAGGAGCCUGCUGCAACGACAGGGAUACAGGAAGCCAAGACUCUUCAAACCGUCUGCCUAGGAAAUGGCGUCCAGUUACCCUCUACUUUACAAUCCGAAGACUGUCUUUUCGCCAACGUUUGGACCCCUGCGUCGGCUACUAUUACGUCAAAACUCCCUGUUUGGAUAUACAUCCAGGGAGGAGGGUAUGCGAGUGAUUCAAACGGGCGAUACAACGGUUCAACCGUGGUUGAACAGUCAGGCCAAAAUGUCGUCGUUGUCAUGUUUAAUUACAGGGUUGCGGCGUUUGGUUUCCUAGCUAGUGAGAAAAUAAGGGCGAAUGGGGAUCUCAAUGCGGGCUUGCUUGACCAACAACUGCUGUUCCGCUGGGUGAAGAAGUAUAUCCAGCAGUUUGGAGGUGACCCGGAUCAUGUAGUCAUUCAUGGAGCAUCUGCAGGAGCUGGAUCCGUAGCUUUGCAUUUGCUAGCAUAUGGUGGUCGGAAUGACGAUCUCUUCAUUGGGGCUAUUGGGGAGUCCGUCUUCCUCCCUACUUCGCCCAAAGUCUCUGAACUCGAGUGGCAGUUUGACCAGUUCGUCAGUGAUGCGUCAUGUGCUGGUUCAGCUGAUGAAUUGGAAUGCCUCAGAUCGCAAAACACGACAACCCUGCAGGCAGCAAACAAGGGGAGGCCAUAUCCUGGACAAUCGAAAUCCCCUAAUUGGUACUGGACUCCUACUAUCGACGGAGAUUUCCUCCAAGACUACCCUUACAAACUGCUUGAGCAAGGGAAGUUUGUUAAAGUGCCCAUUAUGGUUGGAGAUGAUACUGAUGAGGGCACAUCAUUUGCUGACAACGCCGCAUCUCUAGCUGAUGUUGCUACAUUUAUGACGAGAAACUACCCCCGUCUAUCUGCCAAUGAUACCGAUGCCAUAAACGCCCAAUACCCACUCAUGUCACCCCUUCCCAAACACAACCCCUAUUUCCCCUCCGCAUCAGCCGCCUACGGCGAGUCCACCUUCAUCUGCCCAGGAAACUUCAUCUGCAACUCCUUUGCGACUCACGUCUCCCCUAACAAAGUCUGGAACUACCGAUACAACGUCAACAGCACCAAUUACGACGACGCCGGGCUAGGCGUCGUGCACACCAUCGAGACACAAGCUGUUUUCGGACCAGGUAACGUAGGCGAGACUCCAGCGGCUGACAUCCAGUCCGGCAUCACCACCGUCAAUAGAAAUAUCGUCCCCGUGGUCAUGAACUACUGGAUUAGUUUUGUGAGGGCCCUGGAUCCGAAUACGUACCGGUUUGCGAGCGCGCCGCGAUGGGGCGAGUUUGGGGAUGGGAGGGAUGGAGGGAGGAGGCUGAGGUUCGAGACUAAUGCUACGGAAAUGGAAGUGGUGCCCCGGGACCAGGUGGAGAGGUGUGAGUUCUGGAAGGACCUGGCGGUGGUGAUGGAGCAGUGA